CCUGAUCAGGCUCCCAGCAGGGAGAAGCCCUUCAGAUGCUUGGAAUGUGGGAAGAACUUCAGCAGGAGCACCACCCUCCUCACUCACCAGCACAUCCACACUGGGGAACGGCCCUACCCGUGUGGGGAAUGUGGGAAGAGCUUCAGUGACAGGUCCACUCAACUCACCCACCAGCGCAUCCACACUGGGGAACGUCCCUACCAGUGUGGGGAAUGUGGGAAGAGCUUCAACCAAAGCUCCCACCUCCUCAGCCACCAGCGCAUCCACACUGGAGAACGUCCCUACACAUGUGGGGAAUGUGGGAAGAGUUUCAGGCACAGCUCCACCCUCCACUCCCACCAGCACAUCCACACUGGGGAACAGCCCUACACGUGUGGGGAAUGUGGGAAGAGUUUCAGGCACAGCUCCAAUCUCCACUCCCACCAGCGCAUCCACACUGGGGAGCGGCCCUACACGUGUGGGGAAUGUGGGAAGAGCUUCAGUGACAGCUCCAAUCUUCACACCCACCAACGCUUCCACACUGGAGAGCGGCCCUACACUUGUGGGGAAUGUGGGAAGAGCUUCAGUGACAGGUCCAAUCUUCACACCCACCAACGCUUCCACACCGGGGAACAACCCUACACGUGUGGGAAAUGUGGGAAGAGGUUUCAGACCAGCUCAGAUCUCCUCAGGCAUGAGCGGACGCACACGGAUGAGAGACCCUUCCGCUGCACCGACUGCGGGAAAGGUUUCAACCAGAACUCCAUCCUCAUCAGGCAUCGGCGCAUCCACACUGGGGAGAGGCCCUACAAGUGUGGGGAGUGUGGGAAGAGCUUCACCCACGGCUCUAUCUUGACCAAACACCAACGGACCCACCUGUAAGGGAAGCCCUGUGAGUGCCCCGACUGCGGGAAGAGCUUCGGCCGUAGGACUGACGCGCAAAAAAGGUUUCAA